AUGGAUAAAGAAUUGUUAUGUCUAAUGAGACGUCAUAUUCCCAAACGUUAUCAUCAUUAUUGUAAUGAACUUUAUUCUCAAUUGCUGUGUUUACAAUUGAACAUGAAAUCAUGCUAUUUAUUUGAUUUGUUUCCAUUUAACAUGACUCAGUUAAGACAGUUGAUUAUUGAAUUAGGCGAAAAAUCGUAUCUUAAUUUCGAGUCAAUUUUAUUAAAUUAUUCUAUAAAUGAUAUUUGUAUUUUAAAUUUAUCUAGUAUUGAUAAGUUAAUUGACUCUGCGCGUUUAUUAAUUGAUUUAACUACAAUGACAACAUAUUAUAACAAUGAACAUCCCGUUUUUGAUGAAUUAAAACAACAUUUACUAUGGAUAAAUUCUAUAUAUAAAACAAAAGUAUUAGAUUUUUUUGAUCCAAGUCAGAAUGAUGAAUGGUCUGAUAUUAUUUCGAAAUUGAAUCAUACAACCGUUUUUGGUUACUUGCUUAAAUAUCCAAUUAUUUUCUAUUAUUCAUCUUUUCCAAAUCUUGAUAAUCUUCCGUUAAAUAAUUAUCGAAUUAGUGUUGACAUAGACAAUAAACAUAUCUCAAAUAAGAAUUUAUUAUUAUAUUCAUUUUCCUAUCCAAAUCACGCUAAUAUUGAUGAGCGUAAAGUAAAAAAAUUUGUUGAUAAUUGGUCUGAACAGUUAUUGGCAAUUACUUCAUUGAAAAAUGUCAUAAAACAUAUUGACAUAAAAUGUGAAUUGAAUAAAAUGUCUGUAUGGUGUUUGUAA